CAUUUGCCAUUCGACCUGAUCCGGGGCCUGUUGGGACGGAAGCGCCGCCGAGCCGGAUCCAUUGUGGGGAGCCCGCGGCGCGGAUCUAGGCCGGAGCCGGGGGUGGGGGGAGAGCGGCUGGGCUCCGUUUCUCUCGGCUGCCACCCCCGCCCUUCCCGCACGGCAGCCGGCGCCUCCUUCCCCCUUCCCGCGGGCGCAGCCCUCGGCCGGGCGGGGAGCGGCGGGCCAGGGGCGCGAGGCGGCGGCGGCGGGCGGGGGGCGCGCGCGCCAUGUUCGCGGAGAUGAACCGGCGGACGCUGGCGUUCCGGGGCGGCGGCCUGGUCACGGCGGCGGCGGCGGCGGCGGCGGCCGGCGGUGGGGCCGGCGGGGCGGCCGAGGCCUGGGACCGGCAGGACCCCGAGCCGCUGAACGGGCGCGGGGCGGACGAGGAAGUGGAGCUGGAGGGGCUGGAGACCGAGGAGCUGGAGGCUGCCGGCGACGAGAAGGAGGAGCUGCUGCUGCCGCAGGACGCGGUCUCGCCCCCCGCCGCCGGCCCCAUGUUCGCCGAGAGAAACCGCCGGACACUGGCCUUUCGGGGCGGCGGGGGGCUCCUCGCCGCCCCCUCCGCCGCGAACAAUGGCUGCGAGGCCCCGGCCUGGCCACGGAAGCACUUCAAUGGGCGGGGGGCGGACGAGGAGAUGGAGCUGGAGGGCGCGGAGGGCCUGGAGCCGGAGGGCCUGCUGGAGGGGAAGGAGCUGGUCCAGGACGGCGGCUCCCUGAGUGACAGCAGCGACGACGAGGAGGACGGAGAAGGGGGCAGCCUGGGCGACGGCAGCGGCGCCGAAGGCGGCAGCUGCAGCAGCAGCAGGCGGUCCGGGGGAGACGGAGGGGACGAGGCGGAGGGCAGCAGCGUGGGCGCGGGGGAGGGGGAGAGCAUCAAGCAUUUCCCGCUAGCCAGGCCGAAGUCGCUGCUACAGAAGCUGCACAUCUCCUUCCAGGGCUCCUGGCUCAAGGAGUUCCCAUGGCUUUACUACUGCCAGGAGACCGGCCUCAUGUCCUGCGCCUGGUGCACGGCCGCUGCGGCCGCCGCCGCCCCUCCCGAGCUGAUCAUGGCCGGCGGGGCCCUGCCCGGGGGGCACGACGAGCUCUGCAAGGGCACCCGCAAUUACAAGCGGGCCCUGCUCCUGCGGCACCACCUCUCCGCCGAGCAUCGCCUCAACGAGCCCGUCAGCGCCGAGCAGGAGUCAGAAUUACCAUCAGAACUGAAUAAUGAAGGAUACUGUGAUUUUAACAGCAGGCCAAAUGAGAACUCUUACUGCUAUCAGCUCCUGCAAGAGCUCAACGAGCAGAGGAAGAAAGGCAUUCUUUGUGAUGUUAAUAUUGUGGUGAGUGGGAGGGUCUUCAGAGCUCACAAGAAUAUCCUGGUUGCAGGCAGCCGCUUCUUUAAAACUCUGUAUUGCUUUACAAACAAAGAAAGCCGUAACCAAACCACUGUUACCUAUUUAGAUGUUGUUGCCGUUCAAGGUUUUUCUGUCAUCUUGGACUUCUUAUAUUCUGGUAACCUUGUGCUUACGAGCCAGAAUGCCAUUGAAGUGAUGUCGGUGGCCAGCUACCUUCAGAUGACGGAGGUUGUCCAGUCCUGCCGCAACUUCAUUAAAGAUGCCUUAAACAUAAGUAUAAAAUCAGAAGCUCCAGAGACCGUUGUGGUGGAUUACAACAGGAGAUCCGUUAGUAGGGAUGGUUUGUCUCCAAGGGAUCAGAAGGUUGCCAGCUUCUGGGCAACACGAAACCUUACCAACUUGGCAAGUAGCAUAAAAACUGAGAAUGAUGCUUACUCUAUCGAUGAGGGCCAAAUGGAAAGCUACCAAAUGAAUGACUGCAGUUGGGUCCAGGACAGCUCUCCUGAAAUGGCUGAAAAUGAAUCUCAAGGUGAGGGAAAAGUUUUUGUCUGGAAUGACAUGGGUGCACAAGGACAAUCAGUUCAAGAACCUGGGAAAGCAAGAAGGAAAAAUCAAACUGCAAAGAGAUUUAUUUAUAAUAUACCACCUAAUACUGAAGAGAACUCAGAAGAUUGCUCAGUAUUGCAACCAUCGGUCCCAUAUCCAGAAGAAGAUUUGUCAUUUAUUAAAGAAGAAGCAGGUACUUCAAGUGACUUCAAAUAUGGACUGCUGCCGGGUACUUCAAGUGACUUCAAAUAUGGACUGCUGCCGGGUGCUUCAAGUGACUUCAAGUAUGGACUGCUGCCGGGCACUUCAAAUGACUUCAAGUACGGGCUGCUGCCAGAAUCUUGGCCAAAGGAAGCUUGGGAAAAUGGCGAUUCUUCUGCUUUAAUCAUGAACAAGCUGAAGUGUCCACACUGUAAUUAUGUAGCCAAAUACAGAAGAACACUAAAGAGACACUUGCUCAUUCACACAGGCGUGAGAUCUUUCAGUUGUGACAUUUGUGGGAAGCUGUUUACUCGAAGAGAGCAUGUAAAGAGACAUUCCUUGGUGCAUAAAAAGGAUAAAAAGUAUAAAUGUAUGGUGUGUAAGAAGAUUUUCAUGCUAGCAGCCAGCGUUGGAAUAAGACAUGGAUCACGACGCUAUGGAGUUUGUGUAGACUGUGCAGAUAAAUCUCAGCCUGGAGGGCAAGAGGGAGCAGACCAGGUGCAGGACACAGAUUUCCCUAGGGAUGAAGAAUACGAGGAGAAUGAAGUGGGAGAAGGUGAUGAGGAGCUUGGUGACGAUGUAGAAGAACAGAAUGACCAGUCUCGAUGGGAUGAAUCUGGGGAAGUUUGUAUGCCUUUAGAUGACUGAAGAGCAUAGACUUCAGGGUGCCACAAGUGGACACUGCACAGAUUGACUCUUGGAGUUUUUGGACUGAAGGCUUGAGAAAUAUGGUACAGGCUGGAUGGUAGUUACGUUGCUGUGAAAAGUGUAGGGUCAAAGCCUUAUAGCAAAAAAGGAUUAUUAAUUUUUUAUUAUAUUUGCACAGGACUGUACAGCAUACAACCAUUUGGUUGAAUUAUACAGAGUCCUCACAUCUACAGUCAGUUAUCAAAAGAAAAAUGUAUUUUUUAUUAUUUAUAGGAUAUAGCUACUUGGGUCCUAUUCAGACAUAGUAGUAACUGUACUUAUGUUACACAUUCAUGUAUCUGUUAACAUGAAUGAAGAAGAUUGAAACUUAGUAUGGAAAUACAAAGAGAGCUUUCCCAAAUCCACUUGUAUUUUGUCAGUGAACCAGUGAAGCUAAUUUGGGCCAAUGGUUCUUAUUUCCACAAGCAUGUCUUUGCCAAGGAAAUCUUACCUUUCCCGUACUCUGAUAGGUGAAAGCCAAUCAUUUAAAUAUGCAUCACAGAUAAUGACAACACCAUAUUGAAAUGUGAUUUUAAAACUUCUGGCUCUGUGCUGGCAGGUGGAAUAAGUGAUAAGCUCUGGAGAAGUUAAUAAUGGCAUUAAUUUAGUGUCUGUUUCUUCACAGUUUUGAAUUCUCAAUACGGUUGUUAUUGAUUCAUUAGUUCCAAAAUGAUCUUGCUGAAGAAAUGACCAAUAAUGAAAACAACAGACUGAUCACUUAGUCAAAAGAGAUAGUCACGCUAAAAAGUAUCUGAUGUUUCCUUCCUCCUUUAAGGCCCCUCUCCUCUCAAACAUUUUUACUUCCCUGGUGCAUACCUCAGUCCCACAGAAUAAAAAUACAAGGAAUGGAGAAAGUGUCAUAUGAGGUUUUGGCUAGUUAAUGUGAUGUGAAUUGGACACUAGGCUGUUGCGCCCAUCGUUCGUCAUUAAAAUGAACACAGACUAUUUUGUAUUCUUUUGUACUUAAUGGCUUGUUUCUAGUGUUUAUUACAAACCAAUUACAUUUGUCUUGUUGACUUAAUUUGCUGGAUUAUUUUUUUUUUUAAAGAAAAAGUCCAAAGCAAAAUAAUGCUCUUUGAGUUGUCUACUUUUCAGGAUUAUAUGCUCCCUGCACUCUCUAUUUAAAAUUUUCUAGGAGGCAUUGAAACUUGAAUUCUUGUAGCCAUGUGGAUUUUUUCCUAAGCUUGUAAUAUUGUACCAAUGAUUUCAGGCCUCUUGCAUAGGGAGGGGAGGGCAUUACACCUUCAUCUUAAACUCUGCUGUGUUGUCUAGCCUAAGACAGAUGAAUUCAGGCAAUUAUUGGAACAAUACAUCUAAUGUACUAUUAUGUCUCAAGUAAAUAUGCAGAGCAUUUAUCAUGACACAUAGCUAGGCCAGUGUGACAGUACUGUAUAAAAAAACAAGUGGGGGUCACCAUAUUUUUCAGCUUUGUUUAAUUUUAAAAUGAGUAUAUUUUUUCCUAUUUUAUAUCAGGUAACUAAAUUAUGCUAGUUGUGUGGGUAACUUUAAACUAUGCUUUGACGAACAGAAUCUUAAUGGUGCUCCAUCUGAUCAAAGUUGGUAUGUAUUUAAAGAGACAAGCUUUACUGUUGUCCUUUACAUCAGUAGAACAGUAACAUAAUGUUAAGACAUUGUUUUUGCUGUUGGAAGCUGAGAAAAGUUUGAACUACAGUUAUAUGGGAAUUAAAAUGCUUUUUUUAUCAUCCACUUGUUUCAUUGGUAGUUUCCACAUCAUUGUAAACCUGACAGACUUAGUUUUUUUGGGGCGGGUGGGGAGGGUGGGGCGCCUUUUUUUUAUUUUAUUUUACGCUGAAGAAUACAUCUUAUUGUUCUAGACUGAAAUGAGUAAUGUGUAAUUCUGGUGGGGUCCAAAGUAGAAAUUAGUUGGGCAAAGAUGAUAUGAAUGAAAAAGUAUUUUAAACGUUAAAGUAAUGUUCUGCUUUGUGAAUAUGUAAGUAUAGCAUAAAGUUCUCCAUCCCAUUUAUCCCCUUUAAAACCAUAGUUUACAAUUGGUAGAUCUGUCUAUAUAUAUAAAUAUAUAUAUAUCUGAAAUUCACCUAAAUCUGCUUUAUUAGAAUACUGCUCACUUAAUGCUUAGAAACUGGACCUGGCUCCACAUUUUUAAUGUAUUUUUCUUUUAUUUUAUUUUUUUGUUUGUUUGUUUUUUUGUUGUUGUUUUUUUUCUCAAAUUAUGAACUUACUCUUUUGGAACUGAAUCUUCUUUUACUACUUAAAUCAUUUAUGUAUAUCUGGUAAAUUAUGACCAAAUUUGUUGUUAGACUGCAUACAGUAAAUUGAAAUAUACACUUGGUACACUACAGAA